AUGUUGUUAAAUGUAAAUUCCAUCACAACGCUUCAGUCUCCUUUGAAACACAACCCUCUUUUCGCACCUUCAUCUUCCUUUCCUCCGCUUCCGCCUCCACCUCCGCCCUCGCCUCCGACUCCAUCUCUACCUCCUUCUUCACGUCCACAUUCACCAAAGCCUCUCCAUUCUAUUUCUCCUUCUCACCUCCAUUCUUCUUGGCCUCCAACUCAACCACCUGCCCCCAUUCUCUGUAUUCUCUUCCUCCGCUUCAAACUGCCGCUCACGACCACGUGUGUUGAGGAACACUGGAGCAGAUGA